AUGGAAUAAUUCAAAGUUGAAUUAAAACUAGAAAAUUUAUUUGCAAUUGAGAAAGAAGAAUUAUUCAAAGUUGGCAAAAUUAUAUAUAUUCAAGAAUAUAAAUAUUAAAGACUAAACAAUAACUAAAUGGAUUGGUAUUCAACAUUAACGAAAAACACCAAAAUUAAAUUUGAUCUAGAUUUUAUUAGAUAAUAUGUCACAUAUGAAAGACUCGAAGAAACUUAACAAAAUCUAGGGAUUAAAUAUUUUUCGGAUAGUAUAAAAGAAAAAUUUUUAAGAUGCAAUUAUAUAGCUUAAAAUGAAGGAAAAUUGAAUCAAAGGAAAUUUAAAAGUAGCUAAUAUUAAUUUUGUUAUUUUAAAGAACAAAAUAAGUAGGUAAAAUAUUAAAAUAAUAUUUAAGUAAUGA